GUAACCCGGAAGCAGUUGUCCAUUCCCCAGUGAAAGUAAUGCAGUCGCUUAUUUCAAGCACAAACGCCGCUGAUCUCUCAGCUAAAAUUAUUAACUAGUAAACCGGCCGGGACGAGUUUCGUCCUGCAGAUAUAUCAGUUGUGGACAGGGAGCAUAAGGAAGUCUGAGACCAACCUUUGACUUUGUCUGGUUAACUUGAAUGGACAAAUUUUCCAAAGGUACACAGGAAGACCAAAUCAACCCGGCCGAGGUUCCAUCAUGCCUGUAAAAAAGAAAAGAAAGUCAUCUGGUUCUGAAGACCCUAAUAUCAGAAAGUGUAAAAUCACCAGUUACUGCAGGACACAAACUCCAGGACGACUGUUGAACCCAGAGGAUCAUUUCUCUAGCAAAAAAUGUCUCGCUUGGUUUUAUGAAUAUGCAGGGUCAGAUGAUAUUGUUGGUCCAGAGAGCAUGGAGAAGUUUUGUGAGGACAUCGGUGUAGAGCCAGAAAAUAUUGUUAUGUUAGUUUUAGCCUGGAAGCUUGAAGCGACAAAUAUGGGUUUUUUCACGAAAGAAGAAUGGGUGAAAGGAAUGACAUCACUACAAUGUGACUGUACAGAGAGAUUACAAGGUAAACUGGACUACAUGCGUUCUCAACUGAACGACCCAGUUCUAUUUAAGAACAUUUACAGAUACGCAUUUGACUUCGCCAGGGAUAAAGAUCAGCGUAGUCUUGAUAUGGACACAGCAAAAUCCAUGUUGGCGCUGCUGCUCGGGAGGACGUGGCCCUUGUUCCCUGUGUUCAAUCAGUUUCUGGAGCAAUCAAAGUAUAAAGUCAUGAACAAGGACCAGUGGUACAACGUCUUAGAGUUUAGCCGUACGGUUAACGCAGACCUCAGCAACUACGACGAAGACGGAGCUUGGCCGGUGAUGCUGGAUGAAUUUGUGGAAUGGCAUAAAGCCAGAAUUGCAUUAUAGCAAGAACUGUAGAUACACGGAUGAGUUUGAAGCACAUCGGAGUUUUUGUUUUUCGGUGUGCCGCAGAAGGCAACCCUCUCAAGGACUGGGGAUCCUCAACAUGUCCAACGCUGAAAACGCAGACACAGAGACUUUUGCAGUGUUAAAAUGGGAAAAGGCAUAGAGAAGUCACAAAGCAAAUAAAAGGGGAAAUAUUUUUCAUAUUCUUGCAACUGUUAUAUUGCCAGUGUUGUUUUCUUCCUCCGAAGAGAUGGUCGGUCUGUUUUGUUUUUGUUUAUAGUGUUUUGAAAAGCAAAUAAAUAAAGCAGUUGUAUGUA